AUGGCCGAUCACCGCAGUGUAGAAAUAACUCACGGCGCUCGUUCUUCGACCGUCGGUUCACCUGCUGAACAAGAAGACAACCGGAACACGCCGGACUCUUGUCGCGGUCGAGGUGUCAAAAGGUCAUACGGCAGCGACGAACCGGCGUCCAAACGACCCAAAACCGACCGGUUUGAUUUUGAGGAAGUCGACACCUCCGAUCACCAGAGUGACCAGCCAUCAGCUGAUGAAAAUGAUAGCGGUUCAAAAAUCUGUGUUGAUUACAGCAGCGACGACGAAACCACAAACGACAUCGAAAAUAAGGAGGAAGAAGCCGCUGAUAGCUACGUUGGACAUGAACCAGAGGAGGUAUUUGGAAUGAAAAACGACUCUAACGGAGGACUAAUGUACUUGCUGAAAUGGAAACAUGCAGACUAUAUCAAUUUUGUUCCUGCCCGAGUGGUGAAAGUGUUAAGCCCUAAAAUUGUGUUGAAAUUUUACGAAAAAUGUCUUGGGUUGGACUACUCGUAG